UUGUCUUCAAACUUGUAAGUUAUCUUCACACAGAAACAAAGCAACGAGCGAUUCAUUCUCUUGUGCCUCCAGCGUCCAUAUCUUCAAAUUUCUCUAUCUUCAAACUUAUUAAUUGUAUCUCAGUGAAAAAUACAUUGAGUAUCUAUAGAAAUCACUAUUCCUGGUUGCUGAAUAUUAGGUUUGUUUGAUUUCUUCAUUCCCUUCUUUUGACUAAAUCAUUUUGUAAUUUCAUGCUAUGGAAUGAAAUUGCUUUCACUGUCUUAACCAUGGUUUAGUGCUUGAUAUAUGUGUAAUUUUUUCUUUGGGGCUAACUAUUCUCUUUGGGACUAACUAAGAUGUUCCAUUUUCUUACCUUAUAUAUAUAUAUAUAUAUAUAUAUAUAUAUAUAUAUAUAGAAGUGAUAUCUUUAUGAAAAAAGAAAUUGAGUUUUAGUCCUGUUUGUUAUUGUUUUUUUCCUGGAUUGAAAAUUUAGUCGGUAAAACUAAUUCCAACUCUAGAUACUUGGUUUGAGUGUUACAAAUGUAGAUAUGCAUGGUUUCUUCUUAUGCUAAAUACAAUGCUAGAAGGAAAGUAUUUGACAAAGUCUAAUGACAUAUUAGUAAGAUUAUCAACUAAGCUGUUAACAAUUGUUUUGAUUAUUUGAGGUUGGACUUCACUAAGUGAGGAUAAAAAUUAGUAAACUAUGUAGAAGUCUAAUUAUUAAGCAUGCGUGGCAAUUGAGAUAUGCAGAUCUAUUAAUUAAAAUGUGUGUCUUUUUUUACAUUAUUUUAAGUUUAACUAUCCUUUAUUUUAGUGUUUAUUUAUACAUGAAGAAAUUAUGUAUUAUUCAUUAUUUUAUGGGUUGUUUAAGACACGUUCCUGUUUGAUUACAACCAUGAACAUUGUGAAAAUUCAUUCCUAUAUGAUGUUUUGAUAUCAAAUUUUGAUUUUAUGCAAUACUAAACUAGUCAACUUUAAGAUAUUAUGAAGAUUUUAGGGCGCAUGCAUUCCACUCUCCUAAAAUGAGUAUUUUAAAACUUGUUAUUUUAGUUUCUUUUGGAGUUGUAUUUAAAGCUGUCAUUUUGUUACUUAUGCACUAAGAUUGUUUCUAUUUUGAUUUAGAGUGACUAUUAAGAUUAUAAUUAUGGUUUAGGAUUUUUAACACUUCCUGUACCUAAUACCAUGAGAAAAUAUGUGGUGAUUUAUUUUAUUGUGUUUGUUUACUGGUAAUACUCACAGUUUUUUUCUAUGUUCUCUAAAUAUGAGGCGAUUUAUUUUUUAUUAAAUAAUAUUAGGGCUCUUGAACAUAUAAUAUAAUAUCUAUAUUUUUUUUUCGAAGAAUGGAUAAGUCAUGGAUUACGAAGCCACAAUCAUCAAAAGCGUAUCAGCAAGGGAUACAAGAAUUUAUUGAUUUUGCAUUUAAAGGUGCAAAAGAAAAUGACGUAGUCAUAUGCCCUUGUAAACGCUGCGGUUUCCGAAAAUCAAAGAGUAGGAGUGACAUGUUUGACCACUUAAUGUGGUCACCAUUUCCGAAGGGAUACACCAUGUGGACUCAUCAUGGAGAGUCCUUUGUACUACCUAGUACUAUCUCCCCUAGUACUACAAAUAUUGUUGAAGAUACUAUCAUUGUCGAAGAUCACAUUCAGAACAUGAUCAACGAUGCGUUUGGAGUUGAUAGAAUAAUGCUAAUGAAAUACCAUCUGCGUCAAGUUUGGAGAUUGACCAAGAAGAUUAUAUGAUGCCAAGUGCAACUCAGGAAAGAAAUGAAGCCAAGGAGUACUAUGAAUUGGCUAGAGAAGGAGAACAACCUUUAUAUGAAGGGUGUAGACGAUAUUCAAGACUAUCUUUUUUGGUUAAGUUGUACCAUAUAAAGUGUUUAUGUGGAUUGAGUGAGAAGUCAAUGACAAUGAUUUUAGAGUUAAUAAAAGAUGCAUUUGAAUAUGCAAACAUUCCAAGUUCGUUCUAUGAAGCCAAAAAAUCAAUCACAAAACUUGGUUUGAAUUAUGUAAAGAUACCGGCAUGUCCAAACAAUUGUAUGCUUUAUUGGGGAGAAGAUGAAGAAAGGGAGACUUGCAAAAAUUGCAACACUUCAAAAUGGAAAACAAAUGAAGAUAUCUCUAUUAACAAGAAAAAGAAGAAAAUUCCUGCCAAGGUUCUUCGUUAUUUUCCAUUAAAACCUCGAUUACAAAGAUUAUUUUUGUCAUCAAAGACGGCCGAGGAUAUGAGAUGGCAUGCAACAGAUACUAACAAUGAUGGAAUUUUGAGGCAUCCUAGAGAUUCAGAAGCUUGGAAGAAAUUUGACUUGACACAUACUUGGUUUUCAUCAGAUCCGCGAAAUGCGCGUCUUGCAUUGGCUAGUGAUGGUUUUAAUCCUUUUGGUGUGAUGAGUACAAACAAUAGUAUUUGGCCAGUGGUUCUCAUUCCAUAUAACACUCCGCCCUGGGUUUGCAUGAAGCAGACAUCAUUUAUAAUGUCUAUGAUAAUUCCCGGUAAAGAAGCACCAGGAAAUAAUAUUGAUGUCUACUUACAACCCUUAGUCAAAGAGCUGAAGGAGUUAUGGACAAAUGGAGUGGAUACAUACGAUUCUUUCAAGAAAGAGAUGUUCAAGUUGCAUGCAAAUUUGAUGUGGACGAUUAGUGAAUUUCCAGGCUUGGGUGCACUUUCUGGGUGGAACACAUACACAGGACUUGCUUGCCCAUCGUGUAACUUUCAAACUACACCUGUUCGUCUUCAAGCUAGCCGUAAAUGGUGUUUUAUGGGUCAUCGUCGUUUCCUUGACCGGAGACAUAGGUUUAGAUUGAAGAAGAUCCGCUUUAAUGGUGAAUAAGAAAUGCGGACUCCACCGAGAACAUUAUCUGGACAUGAAGUUUUUGAACAGGUUAAAGAUGUUGAAGUGGUCUUUGGUAAAAAGCCAGUGAAAGAAAAAUCGGUAAAAAGAACACGUGAGGGACAACCUAUAGAAGGUGAUAGUACACAAUGUGACACUACACAAGGUUAUCCUCAACAAUGGAAAAAGAAAAGCAUAUUUUUUGAACUUCCGUAUUGGAAGGAUAAUCUUUUGCGCCAUAAUCUUGAUCCGAUGCAUAUUGAGAAAAAUGUGUGCGAUAAUGUCCUAUUUACUUUACUAAAUGAUAGGCAAAAGAGUAAAGACCAUUAUAAAGCUCGAGAAGACCUUGAAAAUAUGGGCAUAAGACCUGAUCUUUGGCCUGAUGAAAAUGGUAUAAUUUCUCCGGCAGCCUUUAGUUUAACAGGUAAAGAUAAAAGGAAUUUUUUAACAACUUUAAAGAAUAUUAGGGUGCCUGAUGGUUAUUCAAGCAACAUUUCUAGAUGCAUUGACUUAGUAAAUCUCAAGGUGAAUGGAAUGAUGAAGAGUCAUGAUUGUCAUAUAUUAAUGGAACAACUUCUACCAUUAGCCAUUCGCACAACAUUACCUCAUGAGAUUUCAUCAGUAUUGAUUGAGUUGUGCUCAUUCUUUAGACAAUUAUGUGCCAAGGUAUUGAAAAUUGAAGACUUGGAAAAAUUGCAAAACCAAAUUGUCCUCACUUUAUGCCACAUGGAAAUGUUAUUUCCUCCCUCGUUUUUCACAGUUAUGAUCCACUUGGUUGUUCACCUUGUUGAAGAAGUUAAACUUGGAGGUCCUGUUCAUUAUCGAUGGAUGUAUCCUAUUGAAAGGUACUUGGGAAAACUUAAAUCGCAUGUACGUAAUAAGGCAAAACCAGAAGGGUCUAUUGCGGAAGGAUACCGUUUUGAAGAGAUUCUUACAUUUUGUUCAAGAUAUCUAGAAAACAUUGAGACUAGAUGGAAUCAACCUGGACGUGUAGAUGAUGACCCUAUUGGUGAUAUCCAAACAAGUUCAAGUGUAGCAGAGUUAUUUCCUAGAGUUGGAAAACCCGUGGGUGGAUCUUCUUAUUACACCCUAACACCAAUUGAAAAGCUGCAAGCUCAUAGACACGUUUUAACGAAUUGUCCAAUAGUUGAUGACUAUCUAAAGCAGUUCCGAAGUAUUACUCAGAACCAAAUGAGGCGCAGUCAAAGAAGUGUUGCUGAGAUAGACAAGAAGGUUCAUAGAGAGUUUGCUGAUUGGUUCCGCAAUCGUAUUUGCAACAAUCUUGACAACAUUCAUGGACCAGAUAAAGAUGUUCUCAUUAGUCUUGCUCAUGGCCCAGAUAAAGAUGUUCUCAUUAAACUGCUACUAUAAGAAAAAUUACAAGCUGCAAUUAAGGAUUCAGUGUCUGAAAAUGAGGCAUUUCAGAAAGUAUUUGGAAAAGAACAACAUGGAUAUGUUCGUAGUAUGGGACUUGGAGUUACGCCAUCUCAAAUUAAUAGAUCUACAAGAUCGACAUCUUCUGCAGAAAAUGAAAAAAUUAAGGAAAUGCAAGAAGAAAUUAAUGCACUUAAAGAAAAGAAUUCAAAAAUUGAUGAAUUGAUGGAGGCAAUCACAUUCUUAAGACAAAGGGACAAUGCUAAGACAAAGGAAAUUGAACUCUUAAUGCAAAUGCAAAAUUCUAGUGGAAGACAGGGAUUGGAAUCACCCGCUGAUGGUAGACGUUCAUCUGAGUCUAGCUAUCGUAUUGCAGAUAAUGGAUCAACAAGAAGGACAAAUUAGACUUUCUUAUGAAUUAGUUAAACUAUGAACUUUCUUAUGUUUUUUGGCAUAAUGAUACUUAUUAUUAUAAGAUCAGGAUUUGACAUGUAUUUGGUUUUUUGUACUACAAGAUAUGAUGAUGGAACUCGAAUUUUACAUGAUAAUGGA